AUGGUGGACAACGAUGGUGCUGUGGCAUUCCUUGUGGAGGCGGGCUUCAAUGCCGAGGAGGCCGCCUGGGCGUUGAGUGCCACCGGUGGGUGCGUGGAACGUGCAGCUGCAGAGCUCCUGAUGCGCGACCAGCAUACGCAGGGUCUAAGUGGCCAGGAAUUGGUGCCCUCCACGCCGUUCGUGGUGCCUUCUACACCACCCGAAGUUUGGAGGCCAUGGAGGUCUUUUGAGACUUUUGAGACCGGCACACCCGAUCCUGACUCCUCGGCGAUUCCGGUGACGCCGCCAAUGCUGCGGCCACUUAUGCAACUGACUUCCACUGCCCCACUCACUCCAGACUUCCCUACAGAACCUGCAGCCGAACCGACAGUAGCUGGAUUUCAUGGAGAUGUUGCGCCCCUGACACCGGAGUGGCCGAGCAGCCUUGGGUUCAUGGCGACGACUGGCACGGCGGCUCCAGCAACUCCGCAGGCAAUCUCGGGAGUCACGUGUGAGUGCAAGGAGUCGCAACCGCUCCAAUCGCUCAUGGGGCAGGUCACGGAGCCGAAGCCGGCAACCAAGCCAUCCAGGAGCUGGUUCGAUGAGCUUCUAGGUCUGGACGACCAACAUGACGCCGCGGCAAGCGAUGCUCUUGAGCCCGAUGUUGAAUUCCCCGACUUCGACGGGCUGUCGGACCCAGAUACUGAUUCCCUCGACGAGGAGGUGGCUUCUGGUGCUCCUUGUGAGGACAGGCUCCAGGACAGCGCGGGCAGUGCGCAGGACCUGAACGCGGCAACCCCGGCGCAAGAGCGCAAGGGAGACUCUGGCAGAGGAGAGGGAUGCGUGAUUUGCAUGGAGAGGCCUUCGGACUAUGCCGUUGUGCCUUGCGGACAUCGCUGCUUGUGCCAGCUCUGCUCGCGUCGGCUAACUCGGUGUCCCGUUUGCCGAACCUUUGUUCUUCAAAUCUUGAAGAUCUUUGACUGCUCAGCACGCUGA